UCUUUCUAGGACAGUGGCUUUGUGCAUAUUCAUACGCCAAUAAUAACAUCUAAUGACUGUGAAGGGGCUGGAGAACUUUUUCAAGUUGAACCUUCAAGCAAAAUGAAGGUACCUGAGGAGAAUUUCUUCAAUGUUCCUGCUUUCUUAACUGUCUCAGGACAGCUUCAUCUAGAAGUGAUGUCAGGAGCUUUUACUCAAGUGUUUACUUUUGGUCCAACGUUCCGUGCUGAGAAUUCUCAGAGCCGGAGACAUCUGGCAGAGUUUUAUAUGGUAGAAGCAGAAAUUUCUUUUGUUGAGAGCCUUCAAGAUCUCAUGCAGGUUAUGGAGGGACUCUUCAAGACUACCACAAUGAUGGUUCUCUCAAAUUGUCCUGAAGAUGUUGAACUCUGUCACAAAUUCAUAGCUCCUGGCCAAAAGGAUAGAUUAGAACAUAUGCUGAAAAACAACUUUUUAAUCAUGUCUUACACUGAAGCUGUGGAGAUUUUAAAGCAGGCGUCCCAGAACUUCACCUUCACGCCACAGUGGGGUGCUGAUCUACACAGUGAACAUGAAAAGUACCUGGUGAAGCAUUGUGGCAACAUACCAGUCUUUGUCAUUAAUUACCCAUUAGUGCUCAAGCCCUUCUACAUGAGAGAUAAUGAAGACAGCCCUCAGCACACAGUUGCUGCUGUUGAUCUUCUGGUCCCUGGAGUUGGGGAGCUCUUUGGAGGAGGCCUCAGAGAAGAACGGUUCCAUUUCUUGGAACAGCAGCUGGCCAGAUCAAGACUUACAGAAGCCUACCAAUGGUAUCUGGACCUUCGUCGAUUUGGAACUGUGCCACAUGGAGGUUUUGGGAUGGGAUUCGAACGCUACCUGCAGUGCAUCUUGGGAGUUGACAAUAUCAAAGAUGUCAUCCCUUUUCCAAGGUUUACUCAUUCGUGUCUUUUAUAGCUGGAAGAUUGGUUAAGCACAGUCACCCUGUCGCAGAGGUGCUACACAUGAAUAUGCAUGCAGGAUACUGCAUGUCUGGAUUUUAGAAAUGCAGAAGUUUUCAAUGUAUAAUUGUCUUGCCAUGGAGUGUAGCAUAUGAAAAAUAAAAAUGAUCAUGAUUUUCUUAGAAUGUUGAAGGCACUUCAUGGACAAAUCAGCUCCUUCAAGAAGAGGUACUUAGAGCAAGUAGAAUCUCUAAUCUGUUACCUCAAUUAAGAAGAAAUGAAGAAAUUGAACUACAUGGUCUCAGAGGUCCUUUCAAACUCUGAGACAGGAUGAGAUAGUGUGUUUUAUUUUGUUUUUAAUCAUUAGAUCAUUGCCCUUGUGUAACCUUUGAUAAACAGCUAGUGGCUAAAAAUAAAAUGUUGGAUCUUU